CCAUCCUUCCCUUUUCGCAUUCUUUUGCUCUGCAGCUCUCUCGAUCAGAAAGCAGUCGGAUACCUGUGAACGAUAAUCAUGAAUCAUCCCAUGUAUUAGAGAAAGGCUUGACUUCGGAUCUGUGAAUUCCCUUUUGCACUUCAUUACUUUAGCCAAAAAAAAAAAACAUGGGUGGUGGAAAGGAGCAUGAUGAAUCUGACAAAGGGUUAUUCUCGCACCUGCUUCAUGGUGCCUCUGGAUAUCCUCCUGGUCAGCACCCUCCGGCUCCUGGGGCGUACCCGCCUGGAGCAUACCCUCAACAAGGCUACCCGCCACAAGGCUACCCGCAACAAGGCUACCCGCCACAAGGCUACCCGCCUCAAGGCUACCCACCACAAGGCUACCCGCCUCAAGGCUACCCGCCAGCAGGUUAUCCUCCUGGUGCACACCAACCAUCUGGGUAUCCUGGACCAUCUGCUCCGCACCAGUCAGGACAUGGCACGGGUUCAUCAGGACAUGGCAUGGGGGCCUUGCUAGCUGGGGGUGCUGCUGCAGCUGCAGCUGCUUAUGGUGCUCAGCAUCUUACCCAUGGUGCGCACGCUCCACAUGGUGCUGCUUAUGGUGCUCAGCAUGUUACCCAUGGCGCGCACGUUCCAUAUGGCUCCCACUCACUUGGCGGCAAUCAUGGAAAGCAUGGCAAAUUCAAGCACGGGAAGUUUGGCAAGGCCGGGAAGCAUGGCAAGCAUGGGGGGGGAAAGUUCAAGAAGUGGAAAUGAUCUUUUAUAUCUCACUGAUCUCACUGAAUUUAGUCAUGUUUACUCUAUGCAGAUACUGGUUUUCUUAUAAAUAAACCAUACUUUUUUAUGGUUUCUGCGACGCUGUGGCAAAUACAGUUGGCCGACAUAAUUGCUA